AUCUGCUAACGUUAAAAAGGGGCGUGAAGUUUUCUGUUAGCACAGCACUAGCUCCAGUGUGAGCAUUUCGGAUUUGGUUCAUACUUGUCGGUAUCCUGCAGAAACGAAACCUGGUUGUUAAUAUCGUGCAUUUUUCACAGAUGGAAUAACUUGGAGGUCUUCCGCUUACUGCAGUAGCUACCAAGCUACAGAAAGGAAAGUUUAGGGAAAUGGUAGCCCGGCCGCUCUGUGGACAUGGCAUUGUGGCUAUUGGCGUCUAUGCUAACUUAGCUAGUUAGCCCUACAGGCCCAGUAGCUGCGCCGUUGGCUGUGGCUGGCUCAACUUGCUAGCUGUUUGUAUUACAACGCUAGCUUGUGGUCGUGUAAUGGAGAAUACUUUCCAACAGCGUCGAUAGUUUCACGCCAACCACGUUACAUCGAAAGCGAACAUUUUAAACUUUACAUUCAAAUUAAUCCGCGGAUAUGUUUUGCUAACAAUUGCCUCUUUAGCUCGCUAACAUGUAGUUACAGUUAGGCUCGUUGCGUUUCAGUCGUCUCCAACAGCUGUCUUAUACCUUCAGACUAACGGGUCGGUAGCUAACAGUUACCAGAAAUUGUGCGGUAUGUAGCCAUGAUAUGCUAAUCGUUAACAAAGUUGCUAGUUGGUCAUAACGGUACAAGUAAGAUCAGCACAGUAUUUGGCAUACCAAAUUGUUGUGGAAUGAAGGGUGACAGCAGUAACUUUGUUAUGGUUAAACGCUAAUUUUGACUGCAAUAAUUCACACGCCAGGGCCUUGAAGAUUGCCGUUGAUUAAGUUUACCUUACUGUUUUAGUUAUUGUUUUUCACGCUAGCGCAGUUUCCUAUUUUUAAACAUGUAAAGCUUGCAAAGUUAGGAGUAAACUAUGCAACAUCGUUGAGCUGGUUGGUCAUUUUAAAUUCGUGACUUGGAGAUAGGAAGCGUAAGCUAGCAAAAUGAACCAUUCGGGAGUCUUGCCACAGGAAAAGAUGGAAUUGGAUCUGGAAAUUCCAUCUUCUUUAAUUCAAAGUGAUGGACACUUAAGAAGAUCCAACAGUGCACCCAUGAUAAAUGGCUUAAGUGAUAACGCUCAAGUCUUCCAGAGGGAGGUUCUACGGAGCCGACGAAAUAGCACUACAGUUGUCAACAGGCCCAAUAUGGUUCCAUCAUCACCAAUUCGUGUCCCUAGCACCAGACUCCAUCAAAUAAAACAAGAGGAAGGUGUAGAUGUUAUGAACAGAGAAACUGCUCAUGAGAGGGAAGUUCAAGCUGCCAUGCAAAUGAGCCAGUCCUGGGAAGAAAGUCUUAGUCUGAGUGACAAUGAUUUGGAAAAAUCAGCAUCAUCAUCUCCCAAGCGGAUUGAUUUUGUGCCAGUGUCACCUGCCCCUUCCCCAACCAGAGGGAUUGGAAAAAAGCAGUGUUUCUCUCCUUCACUACAAAUCCUUGUGAGUAGCAAUGGCCUGACACCCAGCCCAAUUCCUAGCCCAACACGGCGCUUCAGCAGACGGAGUCAAAGCCCCAUUAACUGCAUCAGAGCAAGCAUACUGGGGCCAAUAAAACGCAAAGGGGACAUGGAGACUGAGAGUCAACCUAAGAGACUUUUCCAGGGUACAACCACCAUGCUGUCCUCUGAUGUGUCCAACUUGUCAGAUCUCAGUUCCUGUCACUCUCCAGAUUUGUUGGAUGGCAGCCUCAGCAGCAUCAGCUCCUCCACUGACUCACCUGGAAAAAUGGAAGGGGUGUCACCCUCCUCAUCCAGCAACUCUCCCUUUGCUUCAAUCCAGGAUUUGUCCCCAAAGUAGGCAUGUGAUGGCAAAAAAAAACCUGACAAGGGCUGGCACCCAGUAAAGCCUUUCUCCAAGGAAUAUGUUUCCUCCUCAUAUACUCCACUAUCGCAUUGAUUUGAUUGAAGUGGAAUGUUCCAUGUUUGUUAUUGAGCACAUGUGUAUGGAUACAUUUUAGAGGGGUGAGAUAUGUUUAAGUUAAGGAAACAAAAGCCAUGUGUGGAGUAGGUCGUGAAAGUACAUGUGACUGAAGAUUCUCUGACAACCACAUGGUGUUGAAGUUAAACUGUUCUGAAGGGGCUAGGCUUCAGUUCUGGCCUGUGAGCAUUUCCUGUCACUGGAGAGAGACAUUGAGCACUGGACAAACAAAGACUAUUGGAUGUGUACUUCUCUUUGUUUGUGCUUGAAAACUCCUGUCCACAGGCAGUCUGCAAAUGUUGUAAGAAAAGAUUUAACUUAUUGUUUCCUGCUUCUUUGUAAGUAUGUACAUAUUACUUGUCAAAUGUUGGACAUAGUUUUACGUUUGUUAUUGACUAUGAGAUGAAUGUGGGCAGAGGUCUUCAACAGCAAAAGUUUACUGUAAAGGAACAUAAACUUUUGGUUAGAACUAUGGAGAUUUCCAUACCCCUGCAUUGUAAGUUGUUUUCAGAGGAUACUAAUAUUUUUAUGAGAGGCUGUGAACUGUGGUCUUUUCAUACAGGGUUGGAUUUAGUUUGCCUUUUAUGCCCCCUUCCCCAUAACUUGCUGCAAGUCUAAUUGCUAAGUGUGUGCAUCUCAUGCACCUGGCAGUAAAUUGUGGAUGAAGUAAGGUGGGAAACACUGUUGGGCUUUCAACACUACAGGUUCCUCUGUAUCCUGUGUUCUUGUCAGGAUGUUUGUAGAUAAGCAAGAGUAUAAAAAGAUUCUGUUUCUUUUCCUUUGGAAAAAUAACCUUAUUUAAAGUAAAUAAAAACAAAUACAUAAAGGACGAUGAUAUUUUUCCCCUCGUAAAAGUAAACCAUCAGCGUUUUCAUUUACACCAAACAAACUGCUGAAAAGUUGUGCCAAAAUAAAAAAAGGCACCAUCACAUUUUUAGUACGGAACUGCUGUUUCUGCUUUAGAGAUCCAUUAAGAGCUCCUUGCACAGGAAAUUCACUCAUUCCUGUGAUGUUUCUGCUACUGUUCAAGCAGAAAAGUGAAACCUGGCUUUCCUGUUGUUGGUCCAAGAAAUAACCGUAAGGUGAGGUUUAGCCUGUACUGUGAUUUUUGCACCCAAAUGUGCUUUAACUGUCAUGGCCCUAUAUUGAUAUUCACUGUUAUUAUUUCGUCUCCAUGGUUCUUUAACCUUCAAUGUGUAUGUAAAAAAACAAGAGUGUAAAUAGUUUAUGGAAGUGUACCCUUUAAUUUAAAUGUGUGGUUGCAGUUCAUUUAUUGAAUGUCUUUUCCUUUCUACAAAUAAGAAAAUGGGAAAUGGUCUGCUUGACCUGCUGUUGACAAGAUAUUUUUGUCAAGUUAUUCUUGUAAAGUGAUCAGGGCAUGAAUUAAGCCAAUAUACUUUAUGUCUGAUGGAAAGGCUAUAAUCGUUCAAGCCUGAUAACAACAUGCAUAUGCUUGUGGUGUUUGAUUGCAAUUAUGGCGGACAUCAGGAUGAAAUAAAUUAUUUCUCUAAUUUUCCUGUG